UCGGCGCGCCAGUACACAGACAACAGCCGUAGGGUGAGUGUGCGUUGCUUCUGUCCGGAAUUCGAGACUACUUUUACGUGACCGUUUAGAACCGGUUUUGAAAGUGCUCUGAGGUGUGGCGUAGGCGGUCAGUGCCGCGUUCAACCGUAAAAUACUCUUUUCAAAAGUUCAAAAUCAACUUUGUGUUAAUAAAAAAGUGCAUUUGUGACUCACGGCGAUUGUUCGACCUUAUCUUGAGUGAAAAAGACGACAACAGCGGCGAACACGUGCGCGAGUGAGGCAGAAGAGUCCAGUUUAAACCUGUUUGGAUUUUUUUAAACCAAAAAGGAUAAAAAGUGACCGCUUUCGUGUCUAGUUAUGCGAGUGUGUGUGUCUGUGAGAGGAUUUCUAUAGAACAAGAUGGCUGUCCUUCCCGCUCUUUUUGGACUUCUCCUCGCAACUGUCGUUACAGGUCAAAAUGUAGACAUCUCGCCUAAGGAGGCCGUGCGCCGCGCUGGAGACGACCUAGUGGUGCUCUGCAAAGUUCCCUACCCAAUUGACUCUUGUCGAAUGACAGUCGGCGGUAAAUCAUACAGACUCAUUCCGAGCAAUCAGGAUGAAGAAGUCGUUUAUUCGGGUCAAGGAUUACAGUACGGCGAAUGCGGAGCUCACAUAAAACAUAUACGGGAAGAGUGGAACGGGAACAUAUCUUGUAUGUUACCCCCCAAGAGCGGCAGCAUUGAAGUCACCGGCGCCAUGAGAUUGCUUGUUGCAAGAGCCCCAGGAAACCCCCAACUCGUCUCCUCACCACAGUCCACUUUCAAAGAGGGUGACGACUUCAUGGCACAAUGCAUAGUUCCUGAUGGCAGACCAGCUGCCAAGAUCACUUGGUAUUUGGACGAGGUCCAACUCCUAGCCGGAGUACACCAGCCCAUCAUAACAUCGGAGCCCGGCAGUGACUUACAAACGAUCAGCCAAAAUGUCUCCAGGUCCCUGACUGCGGACGACAAUGGCAAGAAACUGGUUUGUCGAGCUGAACACGAGGCUCUGGACGGGCCCAAGGAAGCUGCGAGACAGCUGGUGGUUCACUACCCGCCCAAGCGGCUGGAGGCGGGCCCCAUCACCAUCUUCGGGCUGAAGCUGGGCGCCGAGGGCCGCCUCAACGUGUCGCUGCGCGCCAACCCGCCGCCCGCCGCCGAGUGGACGCUGGGCGACGUCGUGCUGGCGCCGCCCGCCGCCGACGCCUCGCGCUCCGCCGUCGCGCUCGAGCCGCUGCACCUGGGCGGCGGCUACUACAACAUCACGCUGGUGCUGACGCGGGUGGCCAAGGAGGACGUCGACCGCACGUACUACCUCCGGGUCACCAACGACCUGGGUCAGGAGGAGUUCGCGCUGAGACUCAGCACCAUGGACGAGCCGGCCGCACGCAAAGCAAAGUCCUCGUAUCUUAUAAUCGAAGUCUAUGGUGUAGAACUAGACACGGGGGCAAUAGUUGGCAUAGUGAUAGCCGUGCUGCUGCUCCUCAUUGCCAUCUUCCUCGUCGUGUUCGCGAAGGCGACCGACCGCUGGUGUUUCGCAGGGCGGUCCCACCGCACCGACAUCCCAGACGGAGCUGAUUCCGAAGCCCCCCUCCCCCCUCACGAUGACGUCAAAGGAUCUGAGAACCCCUCCCAUGAUCACGGUGACUACAUCAGCAACGGUGACACUAAACACCCCGAGAAGAAACCGGACACGGCUGUCUAAAUUGUAAGUGUAAGCUGUCACUCGACUCGACCAGUUCAACUUAUGUAAAUUCAUUUACAUAAUUCAGGAUUUUUAUGUAAAUUGUUGUAUGUAAUGUCAUUGCUUAGUCAAUUGUUAUAUUUAUGCAAUUGAUAUUGACGUUAUGUAAUUCAAAAUGAACUAUGUAAAGAUUUAUGUAAUUUUUAAAAUAAUUAAAAUAUUCUUCUAAUAGUUAAUCAUUUCUAAUGUUUUAAAAGAAUAAACGAAGCUUUGUAUUAAAUUUCAUAUACACGUAGUUCAAUUUAUUAUAUUACAUGUUAUGUAAAUUAUAUAAUUACAUAUAUUAUAACGAAUUUAGAAGUGAAUUUUAAUAUUAUUCCUCAUUUUUUUUUAAGACAAGAGUGGCAGCUUUCCUACAUCGUAACUGAAAGCUUCUCCGUUAAAUAAAAAUGUUAUUUGAAAAUAAAAUUUAAUCGCAACGACGAAUUUUUCAAUUUUAAAUAAUGUACACGUCUGUAGACUGUUAUAUACUGCCUCCUUUAUAUACUAUAUAAGCGUAAAAUUAUUGUCUAUAGCCUGAACCAAUCGUAGUCGUAAAGAUAAAUUAAAUUUUGAUUUACGUACACGAGGCGAUUUGCUUAUAGCUCUGAUAUAUGCUAUACAAACAGUUCUUGAACAUAUAUUUAUAUAUUUAUGCAACACUGUUCCACUUAACUACUUAUAACUACGAUAUUUUUUCGGAAAUCCGUAAUGAAUAUCAUACAUUCAAGAUUCAAGAAUUCAACCAGUGAUAUCGCGUCAAUUCAAGGUCAAACUUGUUUAUUUGUCUUUACGUCUCCUGCAAUUGGCGCAGGCUAUAUAACUGUUAACAAAUUGAUUUAAAUAUAUCAUAACCCGAUUGCGGUAUACGUAACUUAGAUAUUGGUAUUAAAAUUUAAAAAAAAAUUAUACUUUUUGCUCAAAUGGCUCAAAUAUAAUAACGGGCAACUUUCAUGUACUGAUGUCAGUGGAUUUUGGGUUGAAAUUUUAACCCUUCCCUUAAAACGAGAGGCCUUUCCAAUUUCUAAUAUGAUUCGCAAAUUAAUAUUCCGUUAUUCGAAGUUUAGAUAUAUAGAAGAUAUUUACGUAUAAUAUAUAAAUUUACAUACAUGGCUAUAAUAUAGUGGCUCAGCUAAAUCCUAAAUUUAUUAACACGCUAUUUAUAAAAACAUAUGACGUUCGAAAACGCAUAAAAAAUACGAAUAACUUUAAUUGGCACUCAAAAUUAUCAAUAGAAAUUGCAUCUUUUUAUUAUAUUUGAUAGUGAUGCUCUCGCUCUAGGGGGCCCCAGUGCACCUCUUUUGACAUGGCAACGCCAAUGCAACGUAAUACCGCAGUCGGGUAAUACUUCCUAAAUCAUUCUAAUAUAAACUCUUUGAAUAUAUUUAGAUAAUAAGAAUCUCAUUUGUUAAACAACGAAUCCCAUCGCAAAAUAUAGUUAAGAUAUUAUUAAAACGACUCAACUUGAAAUAAAACUAGGCUAUUUGAUUUGGUAUUUAAAAUUAUUGUCAGAAUGUUUAAGGUCACGAACUUAUCCCGGCUAAAAAAUUACGUCGCCAUUUUGAAAUAACUGUCAGUGAAUUGUUAUAGAAUAUAAAAGAUUAGGAAUUUGAACAAAGUUAAUUGCUACGAUGAAUUUUGUCUAUAAAACUUAAGUGAUUUUGAUUGACACACCAAUUAAUCUUCUUCAUCCAACGAAAUAAACUGUUUUCUAUUGGCUAAUUAAAAGCUAUUAAGCUGAUAAUGACAUUAAUUAGCAAUUUAUUUAGUAAAUUUUUCUUAAAUCAAUAAUCAAAUUUUGUUCAAAUCUCAUUACUUUAACAUCAAAAGUAUGAUAAGAAAUAUACGUACAAUUAUUUAACUAAUUCAAUGACAGAGACGAUCCGGGCCAGAUAAGUUUGUUGGCUUUUAUUAAGUAUUUAAAAAAAAUAUCUGUUUUUUUUUAUUAUACUCGGCGAAAGUAGUGUAUGGUUCGGCCUGCAGUUUUCGUUGUAAGAAAACUCGAAAAUGUAAUGCUUUUAUCUGUAUUUUUUUUUGACAUAUAUGUAAAUGCCAUUUUGUAUUUUUAUUUAGGUUAUAAAUUACACAAGUACAUAAUUAUUUCUUAAUUUUAGGACUAAUGUGUUCGAACCACCAUUUUUUUUAAUGUUUUGUAUAUAAUCUGUCGUAGAAUUAAUUCCAUACCUACUUAAAAUAGAUUUAAAAUACGUUGGUUGUUUAAACAGAAACGAGUUUUUUUGUUUUUUUAAUUGUUAAAAUGCAGAUGCUCUGUAAUUAAAUGAAAUCUCAAUGAACGCAUUUUACUCAAUUAAGAAAAAAAAAUCGUUAAUACAAUAUUUUUUGUAUUUUUCCAGUUUAUAUUUUUUUUUUUUUGUAAAAACAAAAUUUUAUAAAAAUGACAUUUAGCUUAAGUUAGCGUUAAGUCACCGUCAUUGUGAUUUUUAGUAUUUUUUUUAUUAUUAUUAUUAAAUGGAAUUACUUAAUAAGAAUUUAUUUUUGUACCAGUUUAGUUUUAGCGAGUGUUUUAAUUGUUAAUCGAAUUAAAUACACUGCCAUUUUGCAUAACCGUCAUACGAUACUUAAUAAAUUUCAAAUAAAAAUAGCAAAUAAUCAACUUUAUACGAAUAUUAAUUUAGAUUUUUUAUGAUAUAUCGAAAUUUUUAUGAAUUCCAAUAACCAGUAAUGCAUAGUUGGUGAAAAUAUGUUUAAAAUGUUUAUAAAGUGUGAACUUGCGACUUUUAGCCGAUACUACGAAUUAUAAUUGAAUAUAAAAGUAUUUAUUAAAUAAGAA